AAGGCAAAAACACAAAAGUAAAAGGGAACUUCCUCAAUCACGCUUGGCCUAUAAAAGGAAACCUCCAUUUGCUUGAUUCGGUUCGUGAGGCCAUAUCUCAUCAAAUCUGCAUUCCAAGAUUUUCCCAAAACAAAGUCCCAAAUUCAUGGCUUAAAGAUAAAACCGUAGUGAAAAAAAAAAAAUCUGACCUGAGUUUCUAUAGGAUGCCUAUAAAGCUAACGAAAGACCACACCAUCUUGGAGCCAACCAAAGCGUCUCAAGUUGAAGAAUCAAAAGCUGAAACUGAAACUAAAACACACUGAAGAUUCUCCCCAGUGAAAGAACAGAGCCUCCCAUGGAGCCCUGCACCUACAAGGCUUCCCAUUCCGAUCACAGAAAACGAGAGAAAGCGUCCAAGAAGAAAGCAGAGGCGAGAAAGAAAGAAGCGUUUCAUGGUAACAGUGGAUUUGGUGGAGGUGGUCAUGGCCAAGGGUAUUACGGACCAUUUCAUAGUGGGUACGGAUACGGGUAUGGAUACCCGUAUCGAUUCCCUGAUGGUUAUUACCCGUACGUGUACGGAAGACCCGAGCGUUUUCGCUACGAUGAUUACGUGGCGAGGGCCCCGUUAAGCUACAGAGACGGAUUCAACCACUGUGGGAACCUGCAUUUUGGGGACACGGAUCCUUAUCGUUGCUACCAAUCGUUCUAUGAGACUCCCUUGGCGUCUUUCCCUCAAGCUCCGCCGCCACGUCAGCUUCAUCCCUUUUACACUCCGGAGACCGUCUGCUCUAUUAUGUGACUCUGCUGGAGUCCCAUUUGAGACCUUUCGAUUUCACUGUCAUUAAUCCAGUCAUGUCUGUUUGGGAUGUGGAUAUGUGUCAGUUUCUAGAAUCUAGUUUUGUAAUCCAACUUGCAACUUGUGAGUGAAUAUUUUUAUGAGAUUAUCCUUUGAUCA